GGCCUUUCGCGUUGCCCUGGUAACGGGGGAAGCCGCCGGGCCCGUCCAGCAACCGCCGCGAGGUGCGGGAAGGCGGCAGCCGGGGCGGACUCUCGGGUGCUGGGGAUCGGGGGUCGCGCCCGCCCGCAGGAGCAGAGCGGCAGCCAGGCCGGGAGCUGCCUGCGUCCGCCCUGGGGAGCUGCGAGAGCGGAGGGAUCCUGCCGCGAGGCGUCGGAAGCUGAGCAGCCGCCACAGCCCUGGGGUCUGGAGGCGGCGCCACCGCCAGCUCCCACCCGGCUUUAAAAGAACAAUCUGGAGGGGGAAAUGGAGCAGAAAUUGCAAGUGUUGCAGGAACAAUUUGUGGUUGGAGCUUCUCCAUGUGAAGCUGAGCUUCAGGAAUUAAUCCACCAAAUUGAUAUCAUGGUAAACAACAAGAAACUGGAAUGGGAAAGGAAGGUGCGAGCUUUAGAGGCAAGAAUGGAUGUCCGGGAUCAAGAAUUAGCAAAUGCCCAAAGCAAGUUGGAUCUGAAAGGUCAAGAAGUAGGGAUACUUCGACAGAAGUUAGACAGCUUGCAGAAGACUAAAUAUGAGAUGGCUCAGGAUUUCGAAGCUCAACUUCAAGCACUGAAGUCUCAAUUUUGUAAACUGACACAAAGCUAUGAAAAACUACAGUUACACCAGAUAAAACAAGAUAGGGUUCACAGUAAAGAAAUAUGUGCAGAAAAUCUGGAAACUCCAUUUGAACUGAGCAAUUUAAACCAGAAAUUGGAAGAAUUUAAAGCAAAAUCAAAAGAAUGGGAUCAGAAGGAGACACUAUAUCAAAACCAUCUCAUUUCUUUAGAUGCGCAACGAAAAUUAUUGUCUGAGAAGUGUAAUUUAUUUCAGAAACAGACACAGAAUUAUCGAUUCCAAAUCAGCAAUAAGAACCAGAAACAGGAAGACGCAGCUACCUCCAGCCAAUCCAAAAUUGAGAGGGAUGAAUUCAUUAUUGAAAAAUUAAAGUCAACUGUGAAUGAAAUAGCAAUAAACAGGAAUAAGUUACAAGAGGAAAAUCUAAAACUGCAACAGGAACUAACAGUGUACCAAACACAGUGCCAGAACAUGGAGGCAGGACUUUCAGAGAUGAGAAAUGAGUUGCAGUCACGUGAUGCCCUCUGGAGAGGGAUGGAAGCAGAAUUCCAGCAGUUGCGUAAAGAAUUAUUGAAAAUUGGAGAAUGUAAAAACAUCCAAGAAAAUCAAAUGAAGCUUCAAUCAGCCUAUGCACAAUGUAUUCAGGAACUGGAAGACAAAAAAGCGGACCUAUUAAAGUUAGAACAACACCAGGAAAGUCAGCAAAAAGAGCUAAACAAGAUAAGGGACCAUCUUUAUCAAGAGAAGCAGUCCCAUAGCUCUGAGCAGGAAAGAAUGAGGACAGAAAUCUCUGACCUGACAGAAGAGCUUCAUCAGAAGGAGAUCACUAUAGCAACUAUCAUGGAGAAAGCUACUCUUCUGGAAAGAAAGUUAAAAAUGGAGUUAGAGAUAAAAGAAAAAUUGUUAGCAAAACAACAGUUGUCAGAGAUGAGGUAUGAAGCUAUCAGAUCGGAAAACACACAUUUGAAGAAGAUGAUAGAAAAUUUGGAGUCUAGAAGAUACAUGACCAUAGAUUUAUCUGACACAGAACAUGAGAGUUACACAGCUUCCAUUCAUGAACUGGAGUGUGAGAAUGAAAGGUUACGAAAUAAUCUUGGUAAAUUGCAGAGUGAUUCAGAAACAUCAAUAUUGGCUACUCUGGAUAGAUAUGGAGAAACAAAGCACACUAAGCAAAUCCAAUUAGAAAUGCAAGAAAAGGAAGAGAGGAACUCCAGUGUGUGCGAGGGUGCCUAACUGAAGAGAAUAGAGGAAAUUUGCAAGACAAUAUAGGACUACAUCUAAUUUUCAUAUACAUUUAUAUUAAUUUUAUUAUCAAAAUAUACACAACCAUAAUUUGUGUUUGCCCUCAAUCUUCCUUGAUAAUAUACUAAUAGAAAUAUUUUUUGUUUGUUCUGAGCAAUAAAAAUUGGCAGUUUAUCAGUUUUGUCUUCACCCUGCAGUCACAGAGAUAAGUUAGUCAGGAACACAUUUUUAUGACUCCAGGGGAUACCUCUGAACUCUGACACUGACCUGUGCAUCUUAUGUUGUUCAAAUAUGAGGGGAAAUUAUGGUUCCAUUUACUUAUUUAGAUGUGUAUACACACUAAAAAAGAGCAAAUAUCCAUGUGUUAUGGGCACCCAGAACAUAACUGAAAUGUAUAUCUAUCUAUCUAUAAAAAUACUGAAACAUAUCUAAAGUACAGCAGUACAAUUCAGUAUGGCCCACUACCAGCAAAUCAAGGAAUUCAAAAGCUUAAAUCGCCCUCCAACAAUUCCCCACUCUGACAUUUCCUCCCCCAAUUUUGAAUUCCUGUGAAAAGAUGAGCUUUUCAGAAUGCCCUGAACAUCUUCAAGUUCAGGCUACUUGGGCCAAAACCUUUCAUCCCAAACUAUUUGCCCAACAAAAAAACAAAAAUAUACAUGUAAUGGUGGAGCACCCCCUUAUGGCCAGGGAUUGCUUUACAAGAACCUUCUCCCUAUUAGCCCCCUCUUGCAAGCCCCUUUAAGCACUACACACUGUCUUAGUUGUAGCUUACAACACCCCUUUCUGGGUUUGGUUUAAUAUCAAAUAAAGUUCACACAAUCCUCACAGUCCUUAAUCACAAUGAAUCCCACACAUAAAGUCCAUAACUGUAAUUUAACAGUUCAUACUUAGCUCCCAUUCUUGAGCCACACCCAAAGCUCUUCCUCUGUCAAUCUGCUCCACCCAAAUCCAAAGUAAUCCUGUCUGGGUGGAGCUCACUCUUUUGGCCCGGGCUUCCCUCUGCAUCAGUAUCUCCCUUCAUCUGACACAGAAUGCAAUCUAUAUAUUGCCCUCCUCGAGAGAGCUCCUCCUGAUUGGCUGGAAGAGAGGCGAGCCCUGCCCCGUCAGACAUUACAGAGCUCCUGAUCCUAGACCACUAAAGGAACUGUGUUCAAGGGUUUUUCCCACCUUAUGCAACUCCUAAUAUCAUUUUCUGGGUCCAUUUUUCAUUCUAACACCUGAAACCAGGUCUUCUGGCCCCCGUAUUCUUAAAGGGCUAGUAUGCCCUGUUACAUUACAGGAAUCACAUCACCAUUAAAGUAAAAUGCAGCCAUCAUUAGGAUGACAGGAUGGCAGCCAAAGGGCAGCCACCAUAUAGUAUUUUGCACAACAGUGGACAUAGCUGAAAAUGCACCAAAGGAAAUUCUUUUCUCUUAGAGAGUACCAUGGGAUUAUUAUUAAUUAUUAUUGAUGUAAUGCUUCUGCUAGGUGACAUCGACAGCACCAAGGGUCUGUUCCAUAUCUAGGGGUUUCUCUUAACAUUACAAAAACCAAAUUGUCUCGGGCCUCCAUCCAGAAAUCUAGAAAAACUAAACGCCACCCCUGGGUGCCUCUAAGAGGCAAUGUUUCCCCACUUGCAAGCACUGAGUCUGUGGAUAACAAAAGAAAACUUUAUUAAAAGCAGAGGGAUACAUAGCAUUAACUUGGGAAAGCACCACCACAACAACUCAGAAGUAAGUAAACAAUAAGUAAAGUAACUAAUUAAAGUACCCUCCCCACAGGAUCUUGGGCAGCAGUCCUUUGCCUCAGUUUCCCACCUUGUAAUGUGAAAAUCCAAUGAAUGAAUAUCCCUUAAACAUACCACUUCCUUUUUCCCUCCACUGGACCCCACUGAUGGUUUGUUGUCUGAGGUUAGUGAAGUGCCACAGUCUAGGGGUGAAUUCAGGUGGGACAACCUCCCAGCCCACCGUUGAGGGUUGGCAGAGUGAUGCUGUUGACUCUGCUCACCGCUGUUGCUGCCACCUCUGUCGCUACUUGCAGUCAUUGCUUCCUCUUGCUUCUUGCCAGCAUUGCAGUCACUGGCACUGUUUGCCACUGUCACUCCACCAGUCCAUUUGUAAUUUCAGCUCUUACUGAUUUCACAGGGUAGCAGGCAACUUCACUGAUACUGCCUCGUAUGCAUUAUAUUUUGUCACAAUACUGGCCACACCAUGAGGUCUAAGGCUCAGGGCCUACCCCAGCUUAUCAGAAACUUCAGCUCUAGCAAUCACACAGAAGAAAGAAGGAUUCACAACUGAGUCUGAUCAGCUCUGUCUAAACACUGGAGAAGGAAGGUCAAAUGGUUUUAGUACCCUUUAAAUAAGUCCACACAACCAGAUAAAAACACCUGUCCACAGCCAUCUCUUUCACUUGGAUUUGGCAUCACUACCACUCACUUAGCGAGUUAAUUUAGGGUGAUCCUCCUCAAUUAAGGCAUAUUAAAUAUAGUUCUACUGCUCUUUACUCAUACAAGAAGGAUAAUGAUAAUACAUUACCCCUACAUCCAAGACUAAAGUGAAUUUUAACCCAGACCAGCCAAAACUGAUCACUUGGCAAAGCAGGCUAGUCUGCUGAUCACCUAGGUAAAGUAGGUGUGUCUUUGAAAAUAAGGUCUUCUCCUGAAGUCUUUCCCCCCAGUUCAUCAAUUGAUGGCAGGGGAGAGCUCAUUCAGACAACUACGUUUAGAUUGUGAUAGCACCUAGGAGCUCCAGUCAUGGCUAUGCCCCCCUUGUGUUAGGCACUGUACAAACACAGAACAAAACCAUGGUCCUUGCCCCAAAGAGUUUACACUCUAAAGAUCUUCAGUGACAGGCAGACCAGACAAGAGCACAGUUUUUAAGGAUUCAGCAGAAAAACCCACACAAAUUAAACUCUAUAAAACUCAGUUUAUGCUUAUCAGCUGGUUGAAGAGCUGUAUUUAUAUUCCUUGAAUUUUAGUCUUAGUGAGUCUGUUUUUUUCUAACUUGAAGCUUAGAGGAAAAUUGUGGCUUUGAGUGCUCUGGAAUGCUGUGGUAUUGGAGCACUUUGUGUGUUUUAGAAGGAAGCAUAACUAUGGUGGUCACAAUGCCUCCAGGGGCAUUGGAGGAGCCUGAUGAGGAAAGAUGUGGUCUCCUCUGCCUAUAUUCUUAUGCUGACACCAACGAGACUACUCCCAUACUUACAGUUAAGCAAGUGCUUAAAUGCUUUGCUGGACUGAGGCCAGAGUAUAUAGUGCCAUGUGAGAUCAUAAUGAGGAAGUAUAUUCUUUGUGCAGGUAAUGAUGUACUUUGUCGAACCCAUUACCAUAAUUUGUAAGAGGAGUCUUUUUGUGUCUUUUAAAUGUAACAGUUGAAUUACACAGUUUGUGUACUUCUAGCAAGCAGCACAGACUAAAUAGUGCUUUUCCCCCACCAAAAAGUAGCAUAAACUGAGAUUAACACCACACAGCUAAUUAUAACCCAAAGAACCAAGGAGAAACAAACAAACAAACAAUUACCAGCCCAACCAUUGCUGAUUUUGUUAGGAGACUCAAAAUCCUGCUCACUCUAUACAAACAGUCCAAUGUCUAUACAAUCAUAAAAUCUUACUGGGGAAGUUAACUGUCUAUAUGUUGCAAAGUUCAUUCAUUGAUUAAAUCCUCAUAUCCAUAUUAUUUUAUUAUCUUUUCACUUUCUCUAUAACUUUUUUCAUGUGUAACAGCAUAGUUUGAAAAUAUAACAUUUUUGAGUCUGUAUGUGACUCAUCUCUGCCAAAUGGAAACUAUUGUGUUGUUUCAUUGUUCUGUAAAGGGCUCUUUGUAUUGGUAUCCUUUUCUUCAACUGUGUGGCUCGAAUAACGGGAGCAAGAUCUGAAGUGAAUGACUAUUAAACGUAUGAAGCUUGUCAUGGUCUUACCUUAGUUUACUAAGAUAGGCAGAGACGGGCUCCACCUAACGAAGAGAGGGAAGAGCAUCUUCACAAGCAGGCUG